CUCGUAACAUUUAUUGGCUUCAUCAUGCAAUCCGAAGUCUUUUUGUCGACUGAUGAUUCAAGCGAACACACCAUUGCGCUCAGGCCUUGCACAACCAACCGCUUCGAUUCGGACACAGAGCAUCACCAUGUCUUGUAUCUUUCACCAUGUAGCCAAACUGCCAUUUCCAAUGGCUUGACACAGGUUUCUGUUAGACUAGAACCUGCAGCAAGUUUUCAAACUAGUCGCUUUCGCAAACUUCAUAAUAGACCCAUCUAUGGAUGCUUAGGCUUGAUGUACCAUGCAAAAGACACUUUUAUCGCUCUGGUUACUGGAUGUACAAAGGUGGGCGAUAUUCGACUAGGCGAAUCAGUUUAUAGAAUCAUUGCGGUCAAGUUUUUUUCACUCACAGGAAGCACACCAGAUGAAGAUAUGAUCCCUGCACCCUUCGACUCAACCACUACUUACGAAAACGAAGAACCAAAUAUGCUGCCACACCCCUGCCGUGAGCUUGAGAAGGUCCUCUGUAAUGGUGCCUUCUUCUUUUCGCCCCAGUUUGAUCUCACACGUUCUGUUCAGACUAGGGCUACCAAAUUACAGAAUCAUCUCAAUGUCCAAUCAACUAUCAAUUACGAUGAGCAAUUUCUAUGGAAUAGCUUCAUGCUUAAAGAACUUUUAACAUUUCGCUCACGUCUGAAUGAACAAGAGCGUCAGGAGCUGGACUCUGGAGGGCUCUUGGUUCCUAUCAUUCAAGGAUAUGUCGGAUCCCAAUCAUUCAGAACAGUCGGAACUCAGGGUCAGAUCUCAGUUAUCUCAAGACUUAGCUCAAAACGAGCAGGCACUCGCUAUAACACACGGGGAAUAGACGAUAAUGGAAAUGUAGCCAAUUUUGUAGAGACAGAGACAAUCAUCUCCAAUAACGAGUGGUGUUUUUCAUAUACUCAGGUCAGAGGGAGCGUUCCAGUCUUUUGGGAACAACAGGGGCUACAACUCACGAGCCACAAAAUCCAACUCUCCAGAGGAACUGAAGCUACUAAGCCUGCUGUCCGACGGCAUUUUGAGGAACUUAUUCAAAAAUAUGAGGAUGUGCACAUCCUAGAUUUGCUGGGUUGUAAAGAUCAAGGAGAAGUUACGCUUUCCCAAGAAUACAAAACCCAAGUGGAGGGUUUAGGUCCUCUUCUGAAACAUAUUCAUAUGACACGGUUUGACUACCAUUCUCAAGUUAGAGGAGGCAAUUACGAUCAAAUCUCGGCAUUGUUAAACCAUAUUCGUGGCGACUCAGAACGCUAUGGAUACUUUUAUCAUGAUUUAAUAUCCAACACGAUCAUUCAACCUCAACGAGGCAUCUUUCGAACCAGCUGCCUGGAUUGCUUGGAUCGCACAAAUGUUAUCCAAAACAAUCUGUCAAAAGAAGCAGUGGAGCAUUUUCUCUACAAUCUGCUUCCGCAGGAUAGUCGAUUCGCCAGUCUGAUGAUGAUGCACUCCGAGCUUUGGGUGGACAAUGGGGAUUUGCUGUCCAAGAUCUAUACUGGAACAGGCGCACUGAAGUCAGAGGUCACGCGGACUGGUAAAAUGUCAUUUGCCAGUAUUCUUGGAGACGCUACUAAAUCGCUCAACCGUUUUGUCAUCAACAACUUUCAGGACAAGGACCGGCAAGAAGUUAUUGAUCUGCUCUUGGGCAAAAUGUCGUAUCAAAGCCCUGUAGCAAUCCAUGACCCUGUACACGAUUCAAUCAAGUCCGAGGUGAAUGCGCGCCUUAACGAAUAUUCUCAAAAGGUUCAAAUCGAUGUCUUUGUUGGAACUUAUAACCUUAAUGGAAAGCUUCCUUCAGGCGAGUCGCUCGCAGACUGGCUCUGCUUUGAUAAAGAUGUAUCUGAGCCAGACAUGUAUGUUAUUGGAUUCCAAGAGAUCGUAAAGCUCACAGCGAGGCAGAUCGCAGCUACAGAUGAGAAUAAGCGACGGAUCUGGGAGCAAGAAGUUGAAAAGACCAUCAACAACAGAGGAGGACCGCGAUACAUCCAACUUCGAUCUGUGCAACUCGUUGGCGCGGCAUUAAUGAUAUAUGUCAAAGAACAAAACGUAGCGCAUAUUCGAAACGUGGAGUGCGUUAUGAAGAAGACGGGGUUGAGAGGUAUGGCGGGAAAUAAAGGAGCUGUCGCUAUACGUAUGGAUUACUGGGAAACCUCUCUUUGCCUAGUUACCGCACACUUAGCUUCAGGACAAGAUAAUCUGCAGGAGCGGAAUGAUGAUUUUCAAACAAUUGACAGUGGUAUCAUGUUUGCUAGAGGCCGUAAUAUUUCAAGCCAUGACAUUAUCCUAUGGUGCGGUGAUUUUAACUACCGGGUUGACAUGGAAAAUGAUCAGAUCCGUGCACUGGUCAGUCAAGGCAAUUACUUUGAAAUCUUUAGAUGUGAUCAGCUAAAGCGCUCUAUUGAUUACGGGGAAGCAUUCUAUGGAUACAAAGAAGGGAUAAUUGCCUUUGCCCCUACUUAUCGCUACGAUAUUGGGACUGAUAACUACGAUACCAGUGAGAAAUACCGUGCGCCUGCGUGGACGGACCGUAUCCUUUACCGAGGUAGAGGCAUCUAUCAAACGAGCUACGAACGAGCUGAACUCAAGACAUCUGAUCACCGGCCUGUCAUGUCAAUGUUUGUUCUAGACCUGACGAUGCUAGACGCAGAGGCAAAAGAGAAGAUGGAAGAAACACUGUAUCGUAAAAACAGUAGCCAGCUACUUAUUAAUGGUGUUUCAAAUUCUGGAUCGAAUGCUAGCUUGUACUUUAAAGGACUAGAGUCGUCCUCGGAACGGUCACGAACUGUCUCGCUAGCAGACUCCACCCAAAGUUCAUAUGUGCCCAAACCCAGUUCUGAUUCGCACCAAUGGUGGAACGACCCUAUGGAGGAGGGAGUCAAGCGUAUCCCCUCUAGCCGCAAGAAUCCAUUUGAAGAUGACCAAACGAUCAGAGAGGAUGGGAAGUUUAGUUCUCAGCGCGCAGCGUUCUUAAAGCCAAUGACACUGGCACCAUCCGGCAAAAAACCGACUCUAGAUCUCUUGGGAGAUCUAGAAAAUGACAAUCUAAGCGAAAAGCUGCAGCGGCCUUUGACGAAUCUUAGCUACGCUAAUCCGCUAGGAAGGACGAGGGAGCUCGGCGAGAAGAUGACCCAACAAUCCUCCCAAUCAUCACUUUUGACCUCGUCUCUCAAUAAACGUGACGCACCUCCUCCACCUACCAAACGCAAAAUUGGUGUUCCUCCUACAACUCUACCAGCCUCACAGAUAAUCCAUAAGGGAGGGAUUCAUCGAAGACCAGCGCCACCUCCACCACAGCGUAAAAAGCUUGCAGCAGAUGAUGAUGAUGAUGAUGAUGAUGAUGAUGAUGACGAUGAUGAUGAUGAUGAUAACAGUGGCAACCAUGAUGCCAAGGCUAAGUCAUUUUUAGAUGCUGGUUUUAGCUCAUCUGCGAAGGCCGCGCUAAAACUGCCUUUGGAUACAAUGGGACAAGAGACAUUAGUAAAGCCUUCGCAAAUCAAAACGAAAACUCAGGCCGGAAGUGCGCCAGUAUCUAACAAUGUGAAUGGUGGAUAUAACUCCAGUGGAACAGGAGCGAACCCUGAUCAAAGUUUUCCUCGAAGCGGCAGUGUUCUUCAACGUACGAAGGAAUUCAAUGAUCUGGGUGAUAUCUCAACAACCACUAAACUUUUAACAAAAGCCCCUUCCUCAAUGUCACCAAAGCGGGCUGUGAGUAUUACAGAUCCUGUAGUUGGUGUGCAUGCAAAGUCAACUAGUGUGCCUGUGAGCGUAUCUACAUCUUUGUCUGCUGUAGGUAACAACAAAACUAGGGCCGCGGUGCUUCAAGGAAAAGAUAGUCAGGGCACAAGUAGUAUUGGCAACAAUAGCAGUAGUGUGGCCACGGCGCCUGUCAUCCAAAAGGUGAAGCCACUUGUAUUUUCGAGAGAUGGUGUAUCAUCAUCAAGCAAAGUUGCCGAUUCUGGCUUCACAAAUCCCAGCAUCAAUGGGGUCAAGAUGGGAGGGUUGGGCGCAGCACUUCCAACAGCUACAGAAAAGGAGAAUGUAACUGAAGCAAAGGAUAUUAGACCAGCCAGCGGAUCCGUGAAGCAGGCAAUUGUGGUACUUAAAGCAAGCACUGUAAGUAGUGAUUCGCCAAGCGGAGACGGCCUCGGUUUUGAGAUAAAUCAAACUCUAGAUAACCAAGUGGACGAUGAAGAUUCAAAGGUGGAUGCUUUUGCUUUUUGGAAAGCAAAUGCAGGUAAAUUAUAGUAAAUAGACGCUCAUUAAAAAAAAAUAAUAAAGAAAAAAG